AACAAUCUCACAUUUGUGCUCUGCUUUAUACGGUGACGAAGCUCCCUUGUCUCUUCUAUUGAUUUUUAUAGGAUAACCAAAAAAACAAAAACAAAAAGAAGGAAGAGAACAAAAGAGAUCUGGGUUUAUUACAAAACCAGAUCUUUUGCUCUGUUCCCGUUCUCUCCGACAAUGAACGACCUCUUAAAGGGUUCGUUAGAGUUCUCCAGGGAUCGCUCUAAUAGAAGCGAUAUUGAGUCAGGACAUGGCCCUGGUAACUCUGGAGAUCUCGGGCUCUCUGGUUUCUUCAAAAAGGUCCAGGAAAUCGAAAAGCAAUAUGAGAAGCUUGACAAGCAUCUCAACAAGCUUCAGGGGGCACAUGAGGAGACUAAAGCCGUCACCAAGGCUCCUGCAAUGAAAUCAAUCAAGCAAAGGAUGGAGAGAGAUGUUGAUGAAGUGGGAAGAAUUUCUCGUUUCAUCAAAGGAAAGAUCGAGGAACUGGACCGAGAGAAUCUGGAGAACCGGACUAAACCGGGUUGUGGGAAAGGAACAGGUGUAGACAGAACAAGAACAGCCACAACUAUUGCGGUGAAGAAGAAAUUUAAGGACAAGAUAUCUGAAUUCCAAACUCUAAGACAAAACAUUCAACAAGAAUACAGAGAAGUUGUAGAGAGGCGUGUGUUUACAGUGACUGGCCAACGAGCUGAUGAAGAGACAGUUGAUAGAUUGAUUGAAACUGGAGACAGUGAGCAAAUUUUCCAGAAAGCAAUCAGGGAGCAAGGACGAGGACAGAUAAUGGACACACUGGCUGAGAUUCAGGAACGCCAUGACGCUGUCAGAGAUUUAGAGAAGAAACUCCUUGACCUGCAACAGGUGUUUCUCGAUAUGGCCGUGCUGGUGGAUGCACAGGGAGAGAUGUUAGACAACAUAGAGAAUAUGGUCUCAAGUGCUGUGGAUCAUGUUCAAUCCGGAAACAAUCAACUAACAAAGGCAGUAAAAAGCCAGAAAAGUUCAAGGAAAUGGAUGUGCAUUGCCAUCCUUAUCCUUCUUAUCAUUAUUAUCAUUACUGUCAUCUCUGUUCUCAAACCAUGGACACAGAAAAAUGGUGCCUAAGGUUCUAUUCUCUCUGCCCUGCUUCUGAGGCUUCUGUAUACAACAGUAUAUACGUGUAUCAUCGCAUCAAGUACUAUUGACCUUACACUAUCACUAUAAAAAUGAUGUAUUCUUUUGAUCGGAUCAAUGAAUCAACUAUUUUACAGAGGCCAAAGUCGAAUACCAUUUCAGUGAACAAUCUCGGCCCAACGAAUAUGAAUAUGAAUAUGAAUAUGAAUCAGGACACAGCAA